AUGGGAUCUUUCAUAGGUCAUAUUUUGCCGGGAACCUUGUUUCUUCUAGUUGGAUUAUGGCAUAUAUGGUGUGCUGUGGUGAGAUAUGUAUCAAGUCCUAAGACAUUCCGAGUUCAUGUCUGGAAUCCUGUACCAGGAUUUGACGGGAAGCUCAAGCACUUGGAACUCUAUGUUAUAUCAAUUGGCGCUUUCAUUGACUUGUGCGUUGAGCUUUUAGUUGCAACACAACUCAGGUUUUUUGUCGGUGGAGUCUUGAAUUCCACUUACUUGAAUAACUUUGAGCACUCAGGAAUGCUUAUCAUGUUUCUUAUCUUUGGUGUCGUUUCCCUGCUCUCAGAAAAGACAAGAUAUGUUCCCUUGCCAGAAGGUGCACUUUGUUUAAUUGCUGCAACGGCAUUCACUGCAGAGUAUCUUCUGUUUUACUUUCACUCAACAACACACAAAGGUCUAGAAGGCUAUUAUCAUGUCCUCCUCGCCUUCAUAAAUGGUCUUUGUGUAUUAUCUUCAGUUGCCGGAGCACUUUUUCCAACCAGUUUCCCGGUCGAUUUAUGCAAGGGAAUUGCCAUAACGCUGCAAGGAAUCUGGUUCUAUCAGACAGCCUUCGUUCUCUUUGGCCCCAUGCUACCGGCAGGUUGUAGCAUGAAGGAUAACAUUGUCGCAUGUCAUUCGCAUGAGAGCGAGAUUCGUGGUGAGUUGUUUGCCAAUGCUCAGCUCUUUUUCGCAGUCCUUGCUGUUCAUGUAGGAACUAUAUUAUCCUUUGGUUUUGCAGCUUCUAGAUAUGGAAAUUUAGAAGAGCUUGCUCUUAAUUCAGGGUUUGAUUAG